CUCAACGUUCCACCCCGAGCUCCUCACCAUGCGACAACUAACUCCCCUGCUACGCCAGGCAUCGCUGUCACGAACCAACCUACUACACAGGUCAUCGCUCGUGCGCUGGCCAUCCACGCGAGUCCAAUGGCUCUCCUCCACGUCGUCGCGGCCUUGUUCAUCGUGCCCUGAUCCCAAAUCCGACCAACCCCAGACCUCGGCCGAUUAUCGCGCGCUGGGAACCGCCCAGGACCUCUUCACCACUUCCAUCUACAGUCCCGGAUCGCCGCUCUUUCUUCCAAAUGGCACACAUAUCAUCAACAAACUUAUCACUUUCCUCCGCACACAAUACCUCCAGUACGGUUUCCGUGAGGUUCUGACUCCGACAAUAUACAAGCGUUCACUCUGGGAAGUGUCGGGUCACUGGCAGAAUUACAAGGAUGAUAUGUACGAGGUCCGCGGUCGCGGAGCUACGGGAGAAACGGAGGGAGAGGCGGGCGAGGACGAGUCCUAUGGCCUGAAACCGAUGAACUGCCCUGGUCACUGUCUGUUGUUCAAAUCGCAGACCCAUUCUUACCGCGAACUUCCCAUCCGCUACGCCGACUUCAGCCCCCUUCAUCGCAACGAGAUCUCGGGCUCGCUAAGUGGCCUAACCCGUGUUCGCCGGUUUCACCAGGAUGACGGUCAUAUUUUCUGCCGGCCACAGCAGAUCAAAGGAGAGAUUGCCUCGGCGCUUGGCUUUGUGGACUUGGUAAUGACGACCUUUGGACUUGGACCAUAUCGGCUGGCUCUUUCUACUAGACCUGAGAAGGACUUUAUUGGAAGCUUAGAGUUGUGGGACAGCGCCGAAAGCCAGCUCCGUGAUGCACUCAACGAUACCGGCCGAGAAUGGGCUUUGAACGAGGGCGACGGUGCCUUCUAUGGGCCCAAGAUUGAUAUUCAGCUUCAGGACCAGGCUGGCAAGUAUCAUCAGCUAUCUACAAUCCAGCUUGAUAUGAACCUGCCCCAGCGAUUCGGACUGGAAUACCAGGUGGCCGAAGGCGAGCCAGACUACAACCCGGAGACACCCGGCAGGGCGACGCCCGUGAUGAUCCACAGGGCGAACUUCGGCUCGUUGGAACGAUUCCUGGCCCUGCUGAUUGAACAAUAUGCUGGUCGUUGGCCGUUCUGGUUGUCUCCACGACAGGGAAUUAUCCUCACUGUCAACCAGGAUGAGGCGGUUGUUCAAAAGGCACAGCACGCUGCUGCCAAGAUCUCCGGAUUCCGCGCCCUUCAGUCGGAUCAGACGGGAGGGGCCCCUCAGCCUCUAUCUUUCACCGACUCGACUUUCCUCAUCGAUGUCGACACCAGCAGCCAGACUCUGAGCAAGAAGAUCCAACGGGCCAAGCAGAUGAAGUACAACCUUAUCUUCAUCAUGGGGCCCAAGGAUGCCGCUGCAUCCCGCAUCACGGUCGAUAUUACUGGUCAGCUGCAGAGCAAGUCUGAUCGGAACGCAGAGAGGCUGCAGACUGCCGUAGCUCAAUGUUUCGGCGAGAAGGCGCUGCAGAAUCCUCGGGCUGUCCCCUUGCCAGUAGAUGAUGUGCAUGGGCUGCUGGUGCAGCUGGAGCGGCAGUUUGUGUGAUAGUGGGCCAUGUGUAUAUAGGCGAAUAACCC